GUGUCAUCUGUCAGAUCGCAGGACGGGUUAUACAGAGCCGGCUGGAGCCUUCUUUACUGGAAGAUUGCUUGGUGACCAUGACACUGGAGGACGCUGACACCUGUGACAAUCAUACCCACGAGAUGCAUCCUGUCGCUUCUGCCCUGGAGCAGGUCCUGGAUGUGGCCCAUAGACGGGGCUCUCUGACUGUUGGGGUAUACGAAUCUGCCAAGUUUAUGGACAGAGACCCUGACAGUGUGGUACUGUGUGUUCUAGCCGCAGAUCCAGAAGUGAAUGACGUCGCUUUAAACAUCCAUUUCACACUGAUACAGGCCUUCUGCCGGGACAAUGACAUUAACAUUUUGCGAGUGUCUGGCUUGCAGCGCUUGUCAGAAAUCGUUGAGCCAAUGAUUGGACCAAGCUCAGAACCUUUAGACCUUCACUGUAUUCUAAUCUCGAUUCAUCACAACAAUCCCUGGAAAUGUUCAAGUUUGGAGGAGGUCUUCAAUUACUGUGCUGAAUGUAGGUCCAGGAACCAGUGGAUUCCUUUUAUGUCACUAAUGGACUGGUGA